CGUGGUCGGGAAAAGAGAAUAAAAUAACAUAGAAUAAAAUGCCUGGGUCAUGGACAAGGCCACCACUUCUGCCUUAAUAGAUGUGGUUAAUGAACAAUAGAGAUGUGAAUUUGCCAGAGGGGAGACCGAGGAAUAGUGGUGAGAUUCUGCGGUGACCACGGGAGGUGGGUGUGGUCAAACAAUUGGGGCGUGGCCAGUCUCGUGGAGAGGUGGUACCCAACCAACGCUCCUGCCCAGGCUCGAGGCCCGAACUGGAUAUUAACUGUCCCGGUCCGGCGGUGUCCGGAGCCGGGUGCCUCAGCUGUGGUCCAGGAGAAGGAGCGGAUGUAGGCAAAGCCUCCCACCCGCCCGAAAUGUGUCGACUGGGGGUCCUGCUGCUGCUGUUCCCCUCAGCCUUGGUGUCCUCUGCCGCCCCGAUCCAUGAUGCUGAUUCUCAGGAGAGCUCCUCCGGGUUUCUGGGCCUGCAGAGUCUUCUCCAAAGCUUCAGCCGACUGUUCCUAAAAGAUGACCUGCUGCGGGACCUGGACAGCUUCUUCUCCUCCCCCAUGGACUUCCGGGACCUUCCUAGGAACUUCCAUCAGGAAGAGAACCAGGAGCACAGAAUGGGAAACCACACCCUCUCCAGCCACCUGCAGAUAGACAAGAUGACUGACAACAAGACAGGGGAGGUGCUCAUCUCUGAGAAGGUGGUGGCCUCCAUCGAACCAGAGGGGAGCCCGGAAGGUGACUGGAAGGUGCCCAAAGAGGAGGAGAAAGAGGCCCUGCCGCCAGUGCAGAAGGCCAUGGACGGUUUGCACCCAGAGCCCCGGAGGGUGUCUUUCUGGAUCAUGAAGCUGCCGAGACGGAGGACCCAGCCAGAUGUCCAGGAUGGGAGCCGCUGGCUCAUAGAAAAGCGACAUCGCCUGCAGGCCAUCCGGGAUGGGCUCCGUGGUGGUGCCCAUGAGGACAACCUCGAGGAAGAGGCCCAUGUCCCCCAACACAUCAAGCUGCCUAUACGAAAGACACACUUUCUCUACAUCCUCAGGCCAUCCCAGCAGUUAUAGGGUGGCAACCAGAUGUCCCUGCAUGUCCCUCACCCUACCCCAGCACCAUAAGGAAAUAAACUUUUUUCUUACAUCUA